CCUAUCGCCAUAUUCGAACAAUUUGUCGCGACGGAGCCGCAGACAAUCAUCUUAAGAGAAAAGGUGCUCUCCGUCUCUGGUGAUAGCUUCGAAAUUAAGUUGGCCAGUGGUGCGCCAUUUCUGAAAGUGAAAGGAGCCUGGGUAUCGCUUUCUGGUCGCAAGAAGGUCGAGGACGCCCAAGGCAAUCACCUAUUUGAUAUUGUCAAGGAGCUGCUACAUAUCCAUUCAACCUAUGCAAUCGAAGACCCCCACCACAAGAAGAUUUGUGAGGUGAAGAGUAGCCUCUCAUUGGUUGGCUCUAAAGCCACAGCUAGUUUCACCGAUCGGAACGGCAAGGCAGUGGCUCUCAAAAUGAAAGGAGGCUGGUUCGAUCGCACUGCCGAUAUUGUUGACGACAAGAGCGGCCAAACAGUGGCUCGCAUUGACCGGAAACUGCUUAGCGGCCGCGAUCUUAUCUUUGGCCAGCAAACCUACGCCGUUGUUGUCGCACCUGGUGUGGACGCAGCACUGAUCACGGCCUUGUGUAUUUGCUUUGAUGAGAAGAACAAUGAUGAACGCGGCGAAUAA